UCUCUGACGUCAGUAGUAGGGGGACGUGAACUUCCUAGUUUGGCUUUACUUUAUAUCAACACAACCCGAGGCAGAGUUCAGCUAACGCGACGUGUCUCUGGAAAAGUCCGGUUCCGGUUAAAAAGUCCGACCAAGCCGCCAUUGUUUUGUCUUUUACUUCGCGUGGAGUGUUGAUCGAUGUAAAAUGACUUUUUACAGAGUUCUCUCGGCGGUUCUCGUGCCCAUCUGUUGGGUGUUCGUGUCCGUGGCGGCGGAUGUGACCAAACCCGCCGGCAGCACCGCGGCGCCCGGACCCGCGGUGACGAACUCCAGCGGGGCAAACUCGACACACAGCGGCGGGAAGAGUCACGGAGGUCUGUUUAGCCUCAACGUGGACAGCUCCAUGAUCCAGAGGGCCCUGUACGUCCUGAUCGGCAUCACCAUAAUCGGAGUUCUCUACUUCCUCAUCCGAGCUGUGCGGCUGAAGCGACCCGCCCAGAGGAAGAAGUACGGCCUGCUGUCCAACUACGAUGACUCUGUGGAGAUGGACGCGGUGGAGAGCGACGAAGACGACACGCUGUAUGAAGUUCGCAGCCUCCGCAGAUAGUCCUGUCGGGGGCGUCGUCACCUUCUGACGGAUCCGACAAGUCGUGUUUACCGCAGGUGUGGAUGUCAGCUGACUGCGGACUGGAGAGAGAGAGGACGGACCAAUGACCGCCGGAGGAAGAGAAAACGGACCAAACAGUUACUGAAGAUAAAACGCCAAAGCUGCUCGAGGAACCCGAGCAGGACAAUCAUUAUUUUUUUAAGGUGGUAUUGGAAGAUACAAUCGGUGUUUUGUGGAGAAUCACGAGGCCAAAUUUUCCUCCUGUUUAUUAUUUCAAAGAAGUUUCUUUUCUUGUUUUUUCAUUCUGAGCUCUUCUGCUCCGACCGUGUGCUUAAACUACUGCAAACUGACUCCAGACCAGCCGAUGAAGCUGCACAGACCAGUCUGAUCAGGACUCUGACCCUCCACAGGUCUGGACUGGAGCCCUCUUGGUAUCGAUAUCAGUGGGUUUAUUUCAACCUGCCGUGUUUCCCAUUUCUGUGGCUCUCUAACGCGGUGUUUCUGGUACGUUACAGGUUGAAAUAAACCUGAUAAGUCGCUCUUUAAUGCAAAUACGACUCAGCAAACUCAUUAUUUAAGAGCGGCGUAGUCCACAGAGUGAGAGGAACGGGCGCGAACGGGGCCCCUAACCGGUGAACCCGGCCCCUGGUCUCGGAUCAGGUGAAGAAUGUGAGCCUCGUUUGGUAACUCUUUGUUUUUUGGUGCCAUCAUUUCACAAGUUUUCUACAAAGAACUUUGAUAUAAAUUCUAAGAAAAACUGUUUUCCCUGAAAGAUUUAAAGCCAAGUAAAUAUUAAUUCCUAAUUUAUUUAUUAUUUGAAGCUUUAUUUUCCACACGUGUUGAGUUGUAUUCCUGCCUGUAGACAACUCCCAUCUUUUGUCACGUUCAGCUGCUGUUCACCGACUAACAACUCUUCAGUCACAUUCGCACAUCAUUUGGAUUAAUUUCCUCAUAAUGAGUUGCAUUAUCGGGAUUUGAACACGUGGACCCGUAAAACGUUUCAGAGGUUUAAAAUGGAAGAAAGAAGUGAAAUGAAGUUUCUCUCCGCUGGGCCUUUCAGUCUGCUGCUCAACUUCGCUUUACGUUUUCUGUCGUAAAACACCAAAGUUUCACUUUCAGAACAUUUAAGACUUUUUGAGAUCAUUAAAUUGUGUUUAAAAAUA